GGUGCUUGAUCCGAUAGGAAUGCCAUUCAUCUUUACCUGGCUUUUGUUUAUUUCCUUCCUUCCUUCUUUCUUCCAUACACGCAUUUCACCUCCUUAGUCAAAACAAAACCAUGGACUCUAUUCCUGUCAUUGAUUUCUCAGAAAUACGCACGAACCCUGAGGCCGUUGCUCAACAUGUAUUUGAAGCCUGUAAAUCGAUCGGGUUCUUCUAUGUCAUCCAUCAUGACAUACCUGCAGAAGAUAUCAACAAAACCUUUGCAUUGGCAAAGGAGUUCUUUGACCUGCCACGAGAAGAAAAGCAGCGCUAUGCUAUUGAUAAAGAAAAUCAUGGAUAUAGUGCGGUCUAUAGUGAAAAAUUGGAUCCUGAGCAUCAACGACAAGGAGACCAUAAAGAAGGCUUCAACUUUAGAAUGUUUGACAACGACAAAGCUUUCGCUCCCUUACCUAAAGUCUUUGAAGAGGAGGAGCCCUUCAUCAAUGCUUUUACUCGAAAAUGUCAUUCUGUAGCGAUUCAAAUCCUUGAAACAUUUGCUAUCGCGCUUAAAAUACCAGAGGCUCAAGGCGGUCGUGAUUUCUUUAAACAGUACCAUACCUAUGAACAUUCCGGUGAAAUCCUUCGACUUUUGAAAUAUCCCAAGUGUGCCAACAAAAAUGAGCAACCCCCACCCAUAGCGGAGGAGGAAGAACCUGUUCGAGCAGGCGCUCAUUCCGAUUAUGGCUCCAUCACCUUAUUGUUCCAAAAAGACGUGCCUGGAUUGGAAGUUCAAGCCAGCCGCGAAAAAUGGAUCUCCGCUCCCUUGAUAGACAACGCCAUCAUUGUGAACGUAGGCGAUCAAAUGGAACUGUGGACACACGGGCUCUUUAAAUCCACCAAGCACCGUGUUACUUUCUUACCACAGCACAAGUAUAUCGAUCGCUAUUCCAUUCCCUUCUUUAUGCAUCCAGUCGACCAUGCUCCUUUAUCCCCUGUGCCUUCGCCUUUUGUGGAUACCACUUUGGACAAAGCAGCUGCGAAUGAAAAGACAGGUGAAGUCUUGACAGCAGGCCAGCAUUUACGUAAUCGACUCGAUGCAACCUAUACUUACUCGGACAAUAAAGAGAAUAGCCCUACUACUGCUUGAAAAAAUAGCACUGCAGAAAAAAAAAAAAAGGUAUCUUUAUUUCAAGUAAUAUCAAAUAAGUCAAUCG